GUAGGCCUUUCUCGUUAAUUUAAAAGUUGUAAUUGGUGACAUGGGUAUUUCUCCUGCUGAAACUGGUCGUUUUCAGCUCGAUGUGAUGUUGACAAUUAGCCAAACAUUUCAUAGUACAGUGUAUGCCCUAAAUGUAGCGCUUGUAAGCGUUUAGCCGUGUUAUACGUGGUUGUCUUUUUCCCUAUGGAGCACAAUGUGAUGGUCUCAUAACAGGUGUCUUGUUGAAUGGGAUCAGCCAAGUACUACAGCAGGCAUGCUCCAAGGCUUUGCUCGAAGCUUUUCACAUGCAGGUUCAUUGCCAGUCGGUUCCUUGCAGUCUAUAAGCACACAUGCUUAUUUGCCCAAUAACCUGGGGAAUUUGGGAACAGCCGUGUCAUUGCCCAGUAACAUGGACAGAGCAUUGUCGACAGCCCCAGUCCCGAAUACUUCAGUAGGGGGGAACAGCUCCUCGCAAAGUGGUGCAGUGGAGGCAGCCACUGCAAUGGCAGCCAAGAUUAAUGCUAUGCUGUUGGCCAAGGGGAAGCUGAAAACACCACAGACACUGCCAGAAAAGAACCUACAGGUCGGAACAGUUUUCAACACUGAUAACUUGGUUACAGAAUUGGACAUUAAUGACGUCCCAGUAAACUGCAGAAACUUCCUGACAAAAGGACAGACUCAGGAUAAAAUACACCAGUACAGUGGCGCUACUGUCUCAACAAAAGGUUACUACAUGACCAACGCAGAAAAAGCACAUGCCAAAGGAACGGACAGGCCUUUGUAUUUGCAUGUUCAAGGCAAGACGCAGGAAGAGGUUAACAAGGCAGUGGUCUGCAUUAAGGAAAUCAUUUCAGAAGAUGUCUUGAGAACUACAUUAGCGCAGCCACAAGCUGUUGCACCCGCUGUUCCCAUCUAUAACCAGCCAAGCAAGCCUGCUGCACAUGCCCACUCUCAUGCAGGGCAUUUUGUGCAUGCAAAACUGUUUGUAGGUUUGCACCAGAUUGUGCCCUCUUUCAACAUUAAUGAGAAAAUUGAAGGUCCUGGUGGUUCCUACUUGCACCACAUUCAGACUGAGACUGGCGCUAGAGUGUUCCUUAGAGGGAAAGGCUCUGGGUAUAUCGAGCAGGCGUCGAGACGGGAGUCUUUUGAGCCCUUGUACCUGUACAUCAGCCAUCCAACAGCAGUAGGUUUGGAAGCAGCAAAGAAGCUCUGUGAAAGCUUGUUAGAAACGGUGCGGUCAGAACAUUCCAGGCUGCUUUCAAUGUAUACUGCAGGGGGAUCAUCACAAGCUUACCCAUCUUCCCUGGGAUACCCUCCUAGUAACAGUUAUUGUAGCCAGUCAUCCUGGUAUAAUUACUCAUCCACUGGUUACAUGGGAGACUAUUCUGCAUAUCCAGCAUCCAGUGGUUAUUGGAGUAGUUCAAAUGGUCCGCACAGUCACUCUAACAUUUCAUCAACCCCUCAAUCUUCCCAGGCAAUGGUUCAGUAUCCAGUGUGUCCAAGGAAGCAGCGUUCUUAUCUAACGCAGGACACUCCAACUAGUUACUGCCCCUCUUCAGAUGUGUCCUCUUCCAGCCCACCACGACCAAGCAGUCCAAAAAGACACUUCUCGGACAAAAUCAGUGAAGCAACUUCUGGAUGCCAGCAUGGGCCCAUUCACCCCAAUAAUUUUACUUCAGACACUACUGCGAAGACAGAAAAGAUGUCCUCUACAAGCAAGAAUGGAGACGGCAAAGAAUUGGAAAGGUUGUUGAUGCCCCCGCCCCCUCCACCAACAACUGGAAUAACACGCAAAAGGCAAAGGACACAGGGUCAUUCCAAGGCUACACUUGGUAUGCAUUUCUAUAAUCAAACGCAUUCAUUUUUGUCUUUUUUUUUUUUCCCUCCCUUCAAAGUCAAUGGCUUUAUAACUGUUAUCUAUGAGAAAUUAAACUUCAGAGAAUUGGAGAACAACCCUCCACUGGAAACUAACCCUUGUUUUUCUUGUACAUGUUUCUCUUCUUUCCCCUUUGUGUUCUCUUCACAUGUGCUUCUUCUGGACCUGCCUGUCAUGGAUGCUGAUAUUUCAUAUUCCAUGAAUGACUGCUGGCUGUGGAUUGAACACUUUCUGCGACUAAUGUGCUGUUUGGGGCACCUGUAUGGUCUUUUCUUUCUGCUUUUGCUUUUUACAGGUAGCCGAGAUCCAGCUGCUUUCUUGAAGAAGCAGAAAACUGGUGGGGAUGACAGUGGGUUAGUCCCUUAUAGUGGGGACUCUUCUGAUGAAGAGGAAGACCGCUUUCUUGUCAGUAAGAUGCCUUUCCAGUAAA